AUGGGUCUCGACAUCCAGCUUUUCCGCGAUCCCGAGAUGGCGGAUGUAGUGCGCGAGUCGGAGCGCCGCCGCUACGCCAAGCCGGAGAUCGUUGAUAAAAUUAUCGAAGUCGACAAGCACUGGCGUCGCACGCAGUUUCUAACUGAAGCUAGCAAGAAGAUGAUCAACACUUGCAGCAAGGCCGUCGGUGCCAAGAAGAAGGCCAAGGAGGCGGACGGCGACAGCUCUGAGGUGCCGGCAGAUGUCAUGAGCGCGGCCCAGGAGGGCACACUGGACGCACAGAAGCUGGAGUCGUUGUGCAUUCUUCAGCUGAAGGAGCUCUCCAAGGCACUGACGACGCAGGUGGAGGGACUUGCAAAGCUAGCCGCGGAGCAAGAAGCGGAACGGGAUCGUAUGGUGAUCAGCGUUGGCAACGUCCUGCACGAGUCGGUGCCGGUUUCGAACGACGAGAAUACUGGCAACGUGGUCGUGCGCACCUUUGGUGAUGUGACACGCCGCAUGAAGAUGACACAUGUAGACUGCAUGGAGCGCCUGGGCCUCAUGGAUACAUCCAAGACGGUUACCGCGAUGGCGGGCGGCCGCGCUUUUGUUCUUCGCGGCGGUCUUGUGCAGCUGCAGUUCGCUCUCAUCUCGUACGCGCUCAACUUCCUCAUCGCCCGCGGCUACGAGCCUUUCUAUCCGCCGUUCUUCCUCAACAAGGAAUACAUGGGUGCAGUGGCGCAACUUUCGGAAUUCGACGAGUCACUCUACAAGGUGUCCGGUGACGGAGACGAGAAGUACCUGAUUGCAACGAGCGAAGCGCCCAUUGCUGCCUAUCACACCAACAAGUGGUUUACAGAAAUGAAUGAACCGAUUAAGUACGCGGGCGUCUCGUCGUGCUUCCGCAAGGAGGCUGGGGCGCACGGCCGCGACACUCUUGGUAUCUUUCGUGUCCAUCAGUUCGACAAACUUGAGCAGUUUGUCGUAUGCUCACCUCGCGAGGAUCAGUCGUGGAAAAUGCUGGAGGAGAUGAUGCAGACCUCCCAGGACUUCAACGAGAGCCUUGGUCUGCCGUACCGCGUCAUCAACAUCUGUUCUGGAGCCCUCAACAAUGCCGCCGCCAAGAAGUACGAUCUGGAGGCAUGGUUCCCUGGCUCCGGUGCAUUCCGCGAGCUUGUUUCGUGCUCGAAUUGCACGGACUACCAGGCCCGCAGUGUUAACUGCCGCUUCGGCCCGAAUACAAAGGGCAGCACGGCGAACAACACAAAGGAAUACUGCCACAUGCUGAACGGCACCCUCUGCGCUGUCACUCGCACAAUGUGCUGCAUCUGCGAAAACUACCAGACCGAGGAAGGCAUCGUCAUCCCCGAGGUUCUGCGCCCCUUUAUGAUGGGGACAGAGAUGCUCAAGUUCCCGGCAGAAGCUCCUGCGGGCGAGAAGGCGUAA